GCAAAUCAAAUUGGUAUUGCUUUCAUGCGCCAUCUAACGGCAAGAAUAAUGAAAUGUAAGAAAAAAUAGCCCCAAACAAGGUGGAAAAUGGCGAAUAUUGACAAAUUUAUUUUUACCUCGAGGGACGGUUAAAACUAACCUCUAGGGGCCAGGGGUGGUCUAGAUGCUAAAAAUCCCUGUAUCUUAAAGUUUUUUUUUCUUGUUUCUCCAUGGUGUUAUUUUUAAAUUCUACUCUCAGCCCAUGUAAAAGAUUUUGUCCUCUUGUCCUGUGUUUGCAGGGCCAGAGGCCAGUGCUUUCUCUCAUGCUGGGGAAAGGGCCCCUCUUGAACAGCAGCACAGUGAGGAGGAGUGGGGCUCCAGUCUGAUGCAGGAGACAGAGCCCACUGCUGCAGAAGAGAAAGAAAAACUCAGUGAACAGCACACAGAGAGCAGACAGAGUGUUGUGGAUCUGGACUGUGUGCCCAUGAUAAAGACAGAGCCUGAGAGUGAGACAUCUGGUUUCCUAGUAUUUGAUGAUUUUACAGAGAAGAUUAAUAAUCUGGACAUGAACAAUAUUAAAGAAGGUUGUAAUGAACUGGACUGUGGCUCUGUACAAAACCACAAAGAACACCUAGAUAAGUUACAUCUUAAAAAGCAGGACAUAGAGCCCCAGUUGAUUGACCCUGCAGAGCAGCAGAUGAAUGGACCUGGUGAAGAGAACAGCACUGAUUUACAGCACCCAAAGGAGAGUCAGUACAGGAAGGAACAACAGCAGCUCCUACAGGGCUUCAUAAUAAGGUCUUGUGCUGUUAAAGUGGAGCGCCUGUCAUUGCAUAAGGGAUUUAAACAAAUGAAUGUUCCUUUAGUAUCUAUGGACUUUACAGAGAAGUGUAAUAAUUUAGACACUAAUAAUAUUGCAGAGCAUUUCAAUGAAGUGGAAUCGGUAUCUGUACAAGGGCACAAGGAAGAGGAACAGAAGGAAUUGAAUUUUUACAGUCUAGGGGAGCAGGAAACUGGAUCCCAGCUGCCACAGCCUGCAGAGCAGCAUACUGAUGAAGAGUACAGGACUGAGUUACAGCACACAGAGGAGAGUCAGUACAGAGAGGAAGGGGAGAAACAGCAGGGAGGCCCACAAGACUUGAUGAAUCCUUCUUCUGCAAUAAUGCAGAGGUUGUCAGUACAGCAGUGGAUUGAUCAUUCAAGCAACUUAAAAUAUCACCAGCUCACUGCAGGUCAGAAGAUCAAGAGGUCUCAUCCUAAACCUUGUUCAGAUGAGGUGAAGAAAAUGUCAGUACAGCACAGACAACAGCAAUGUUUUCAGCAAUCAGGUAAAGUAAAAAGUCACCAGCACACUCUCAUAAAGCACAGAGCAUUCAGAUGCAAUCAAUGUGGGAGGAAUUUUAGUUGCUCAGACAAUUGUGGGAACUGUUGGAAGAGUUUUAGUGACUCAAGUACCUUAAGAUCCCACCAGUGCAUUCACAUGGGAGAGAUAUCAUUCACCUGCCAUCAGUGUGGGAAGAGCUUUAGUCAGGCAGGCAGUGUAAAAAAACACCAAUUAAUUCACACAGGAGAGAAACCAUUCAGCUGCAGUCAGUGUGGGAAGAGUUUUAAUCGGCAAAGUCAUUUAAAAACGCACCAGUUUAUUCACACUGGAGAGAAACCAUUCAGCUGCAGUCAGUGUGGGAAGAGUUUUAGUCAGCAAAGCCAUUUAAAAAUGCACCAGCGCACUCACACAGGAGAGAGACCAUUCAGCUGCAGUCAGUGUGGGAAGAGUUUUAGUGACUCAAGUACCUUAAGAGCCCACCAGCGCAUUCACACAGGAGAGAGACCAUUCAGCUGCAGUCAGUGUGGGAAGAGUUUUAGUCGGCAUAGCCAUUUAAAAACUCACCAGUUUAUUCACACAGGAGAGAAACCAUUCAGCUGCAUUCAGUGUGGGAAGAGUUUCAGUCGGCAAAGCUAUUUAAAAAUGCACCAGCGCACUCACACAGGAGAUAGACCAUUCAGUUGCCAUCAGUGUGGUAAGAGUUUUAAUGACUCGCGUACCUUAAAAGCCCACCAGCGCAUUCACACAGGGGAGAGACCAUUCAGCUGCAGUCAGUGUGAGAAAAGUUUUACUGACUCACGAUCCUUAAGAGCCCACCAGUGUAUUCACACCGGAGAGAAACCAUUCAGUUGCAGUCAGUGUGGUAAGACUUUUAAUCGGCAAAGCCAUUUAAAAAGACAUCAUCUUAUUCACACAAGAGACAAAAACAUGAUUAAAUGUUACACAGAAGUUUAGAGUUGUAAAAUGGUUUAUUCAUUUUAAAAAUUCAAAUCUUCUUGUUUUUUCUAAACUAUUACACCUUGGGUGGAUUAUGGAAUAAAGGAGUCUUUAACCUCAUAGCAGAACUCACUGUACAGGUCUGUACAGGUUUUAAAUUUACAAUGCCCUCAAGUUAAACAUGCAUCAUCAUAAACAAAACAUUUUAAAAAAAUACAAAUGAUACACUCAUGCAAGUGAUCUCCAACAUUCUCUAAAUCCAGUAAAUAAAUAAUUUGAUUUAUCAAAAUAAAUUGAGUUUUUGAAACUAUUGUAUUUUAUAUGAAAUUGUUUACCCUUUUGCUUAAAAACAUUAUCAACAAGAGUUUCAGUCUUUAAACCUGAGUAUUUUCACAACAGAAAUGUAGUUCACCCCUGCUUGGAGUAAAAUAAUGUGAAACAUUGAUGUAUUUGUAUUUGCAGUGCGGUUUUACUUUAGAAUUUCUUAUUUAAUUGAAUCUUAUUUUUCUGUUGUUGUACAGUGUUGUGUGUGACAGGAGAAGCUGAAUGGUGGCUCUUCCACUUGUUACCUUUUAUUUCAAAUUAUUAAAGUUGAAAAUUAACAUCCUUCUAACGACUUCAAUAUACUGCAGCUUUUGGGCUGCACUGCUCAUUAAUAAGACAGAAUUAAGUGUUGCUGUGCUUUCCUAAAUGAGGUCCCCAUCCCUCUUCCUCUGCACCACAGAGAAGCUAUUCGGAUAGUUUCUGAUUUAAAGUGUUUUCUUUCCAAUAAGCAGCAGCUCCCAAAUGGGGAUGCGCCCAGCUAUGCCUGGCUAUCAUGAUCAAUUGCCAUUUCUGGUGCCUAUCUAUCUAUGCGAUUCUUGGGAACAUCUGGAUUGCAGUCAGAGGUCAUUGUUACACUU